CAGCACAGGAGCUUAUAUAUAUAAAAUGUUUGGUUUGUAAUUUUUGCAGUGUACAGCAAUGGUAGCUUUGCUCAUGUGCCUCUUGAUGAUGAACCUUGGAUGACCAAAAUGAUGCCUUAAAAACAGGUGUCGGUUGGAGGAAUUUAAUUGGGAUAGAAGAAGAACAGAAUUCCGAGGAUGGCGAGCACCCUACAGUCUGCAGAGCAAUUCCUAAGAAAUGGGCGAACUUUACUAACUGCAAGCCACCUGAAUUGGGAUCCUGUAAUGGAACGCUUGGAUCAAUGCAAUUUUUUUAUAAAUGAUGAGAAGGAUUCAGUUAACUCUGCAGCAGAUAGGUGGAAUAUUUUGUUCGAUAUAGUUUUUUCUAAAGGAGAAGAAGCAUGUCACACAUUUUUAAAAAUUCUCGACAAAACAAGAUUUGAUGUCUUUCCAAGACCUGGAUUAACGAAACCAGAUUUACAUUACUGGAUUAGCUGCUACUCCUUCCAGGAUGAGUCACAAUUUCAAAAUGCAAACAAAUCAGACUCAGAUCCUUGUACAAUAUACCAAGACCUUUUGAGGCUAAAAGCAAGACAAAUACUGGAUGAAAAAUGGAAACAAACCAUAAACUUCUUGAAAAAUAAGCCACAACGAAUGCCCUUUAAAUAUAUACCUCUUGUUCUGGACACAGAUUGUGGUGCUGUUUCAAAACUUAAAAAUAAAAAGGCUCAUAAAAGUCGCUGGAAAAAACUGAAGGUCUGCAUUCCAACGAACAAGAAAAUGUUGUCACCUAAACAGUUGGUAAUGAAUGAUGAGAAAAGCAUUUUGCUUGUGGGAAAACCUGGAGUGGGAAAGACAACAGUUGCCCUUGAGAUUCUUAGGCUCUGGACAGAAGAGAAAAGCAUUCAAGUGAAUUACAAGUAUAUGUUUUAUUUCGAUGAGCCACUGAUGAGAAUCUUUUCCCAGUCUCCAUUUCCUCAGACCUUGAAGGACCUUCUUAUCCACAACUACGUAUCCCCAAAUGAAGCAUCAGAUCAAGUGCUUGAAAAUAUUGAGAGCAAUUCAGAGAAUGUUGUCCUAAUCUUUGAUGGCAUCAUGGAUGUAAUUAGUAAGGCAGUUAUAAAACGGCUCAUGGAUAAAGAACUUUUAAAGGAUGCAAAGAUCUUGACCACUUGCAGACCAGAAGCUGAGGAUUCAGGUUACCUGUCAGACUGGUCAUCUUAUAGAGUUGAUGUUCUGGGCUUCAAUAAUGAAUCCAUCCAUGAAUACUUCAAAUGGAUGUUGGGGACAGAGGUUGAUUCAGUUGUCUGUGCUUUGGACAACCCGGAGCUAUUUAGUUUGUGCUCUGUGCCACUGUAUGCUUUCAUAGUGACUACAAUCAUUUCAAUAAGUCCAGAUGAAGCCAGAAAUAAGCCAUUUACAAUUACUGAGAUGUAUGUAAGAAUUUUCGCUUUUGCAUGAAACAGCAUGGGGACCAAAAUGUGGAAAACCAGGAUAAGUACAUUACAGACAACAAGAACGAGAUUGCAUCCUUAGCUCUCGCCUCAUAUAAAGCAAUGCUAGCAAAGACAGUGAACCUAACAGAUAUUGAACAUAAAGACAGAACUGUACAAAAUGCUUUUUUGACAACAAUGCAUUCCACAAACAAGCCUUCUACCUCUUCCAGAGUGUCAGCAUUCCUUCACAAUACAAUGCAAGAGUUUUGGGCAGCUCUCUUUCUCAUUCUGAAUCCUGACAACAUACCUCAUUUGCUGAAUCAAUGUCGCAGCAAUGAAGAAGGAAAAUACCUCAAAUAUAUCAUUCCAUUUCUGUCUGGACUUCUGUCCGAUAAACUGGGGGAGUUAAUAGAGUGCUUGGUCCCGGUAAAACAGAUCCAGGCAACACGUACUGAGUACUUUCAGAAGAUUGUAGACACUUACCUUUACACUAAUGAACUGAACCAGGAUGGAGAUUGUGAGCAGUUUGACAAAGCUGAGAAUAUCCUUUUUGUGUGCCGAUGACUUUAUGAGUAUCAGUCUUCUGAAGCAUGCUGUCUCUUUCUGGAAAAGAUUCAGUAUGAACUUGAUUUACAGGAACAAGGGACACUUGAUUCCCAUCAGUGCUGUGUCGUAUCCUAUGUGGUCAGUCAGUCUAAGAAGCACACUGUUAAUCUGGACCUCGCGGAUUGUGAAGUUUCUGACCCAGGGUUAAAACUUAUUCUAAACUCAGUAACAAAUCUCAAAUCUCUUAGGACAACAAGCAAGUUGCAGUCUCAGAUGUGGAAAGUGGCACUUGAAACAGGACAGUUUUCAGAUUUUGAGAGUCUGCUUCAAUUAUUCAGCUCUGAAAUGCAUCUUAUUGUUCAUGAAGAACAAGACCAGAUAGUGAUUCAAAGAAUAGGUGAAGUCCUUAUGCGGAAGAAAUCUAAGAAUGUUCAUCUUCAUCUGCAUGUAAAUGAAAGCUCUGUAACAGGAUUUUUGCCGCAGACCAUAUUUAAGAGCCUUCCCAAUAUUGCAACCAUUAGGAUUUCUCCCAAUCACAUGAAAGUAGCUGUAGAGUCAGAGCUGUAUCUUCAAGGAGCUAUGUAUGAGAGGAAGACAGGUCAACGAUGUGUAAGAAAUCUACUGUCCGUGCUCAGCAGUGAUCAAAGAGAAAACAUUAAGGAGCAGUGUGAUUUUGUAAUGAAACUGCAUGCGCAUGCUAGGAAGAUGGAUGUUUGUCCGCUUUUGCAACCUGUGUUUCAUGCAUUGCCAAGUAUAUGGGUUGUACAGCCUUCAAAUGUAGCAUUGCUCCUGCAGACCAUGAAAGUUCUAAAAAUAACAAAGCCAGCUGAAUUAGAUGUCACAUAUGAGCAGUGUGAACUUAAACAGUUUCUUCAAUGCAUGCCCUAUGUUUCAGAAAUCAGGUUCCCUGGUGCUUUUAGACAGCCUGAAGAAAUCCACAAGAUUGUAAAGAUUGUUGCUGAUCUUUUCAUUCUCGCAUCUGAAAGUGGAGAGGAGGCACUCUGGAGCCUUUCUGUAGCGUUUAGUUACUCAACAUUCCCCUUUGCUGAAGAGGCUGAAGAUGUGCAGAGCUCCUUCUUUUUAGAUCUCUUCACCCAUCUAAAUGAGAGUUCGUCAGGGAAAACUGCGUUGCCGGCAUUGAAGCCUAUUCUUAACGUUGCUCCAGCUGUAUGGAUACUGGACCAACUAACACUAAAGAAGACACAUGCUCUUAACAAACUUCUGGAGCUUCAGUCUGUUAAAAAAAAUGUGGAGCUCAGAUCCUGCUCAUUCGACAAGGAUAAACUUAGGAGUUUCCUAAAUUGUUUAUCCUAUAUUUCAAACAUUAGCUGUGCUGAGGAGUUUUUCCAGGCAGUGUGUGGGAUCCUCUCAACUGACAGGGAAUGGAAUCCGAAACAAGUUACUGAGCUGUUACGACUGCUUGGUUUUAGAAUUUCGUUGACAGAGAUGCUGCCAAGUCGCCUAUGUCAGGCUAUUGGCAGUGUUCUUAAACUCCUGGAUGAAGAAGAGAUUUUUAUAAGUCUCCUCCCUCAAGACAUCUUGUGUCAUGGUUCCUUUUUACUUUUUUCAAAUAUAAAAAGGCUUCAGACAUUAAGAAUAAAUGAAAUCGCAACAUCUAAACUAGCAAGACUGGUUAAGUCAGCUAGAUCAGGAAUAAAUUCCAUAACUGUGGAAAAGCUGUCCGUGGUUUUGUCCAGCUCUGAUCUAUCAGAGAGAGCACUUUGCCAGCUAUUAAGUAGCCUGACAUGUCUUCUUAGGGUCUGGACCGUGCACAACUUGGAUCUUUCAGAUUUUAAAAUUAAGGCUCACCUAUUCAUAUGCCUCCUGAGUCAUCAGGGUCCGUUGUCUAUAACAUUUCAAAUGGACAGUCUGCAACAACUAGCAGAAUUUGUAUAUGAUGCUCAUGAUGAAGAUCUGACACAGAUGUUUCUGGAAAAAACUGAUGGAGACUUAUCACCUUGUAGUCUGUCCUGGGAUGUUUUAUAUUAUCUGAUACGAGGUGCAAAGAAGCAUGUGACUCUUGACCUUGCAGAGGGAAGAUUUAAUUUAACCAACAUUCCGAGCCUUCUUACUGUUCUUGACACAGUUCGCUUUAAGAGGAUAAGUGCACGAUAUGUGAGGGCUGCAUUGAAAGAGAUAUACCGGCAAAAGGCAGGCCAUCUAAUUGCAAAGUUAUUGCGAGCAUCAGCUGACCUUAUUAACCUUUCCAUGAGAGAGUUGGAUUCCACUGACUGCAAAUCCCUCUGCUUUGCCCUGCACUACAGUGAUGGAGUUAAGCUCAACCUUUUGAACUCUAUCAUACCACAUAAUGAGACUGAAAACAUUGUCAGACUCCUGCACAGAGUUUCUGAUCUCAGGAUUGAUAGAAAGCUGCUGUUAAACUUCCUUCGUGUUUCUAAGGCAAUGGAAAAACAAGGUUAUUCCAUGUCUGCGCUCUUCACCGCACUAAACUACAAAUUGGACUUUUCCGGUCAUUCGUCGGUCAGUAGUGGUCGUUUUGGUCAUGAGAAUGCAGAUCCUCUUUCUCUAAGUGUGAUGGAUUGCACAGCCAUUUCCUCUGUCAUUGAAACAACAGUCUGUCGCACAGAAUUAUUUUUAUAUGACUGCCAAGCAGAUGAUUCUGCACUUGAAUGUCUGUUCCCUAUAUUACACAAAGUGCAUCUUCGCUUAAGCAAAGGUCUCCUUUGCCAGUUUCUGACCUUGAUUUUAAAUUCCCCCAUGGCUAUGUCUUUGAAAUGGGCAUCAUCAUUAUCCAAAGCACUUGGAAAACACCUAGACCUCAGUGACACUCCUCUUAACUACCGUACCUGUGAGUCUCUGCAGUUAGUCUUGGACUACACAGAAGAGCUUACCGAUCUGAAUCUCAGUUAUUGUCAAAUCACAGAUGCAUGCUUGGAUCUUUUAGCCCUUCACCUAAACAAAAUUAUGAAUCUAGAUCUUACUGGCAAUGACAUAACUGAAAAAGGAGUACAGAGACUGUGCAGUGCCUUAGAAGGAAACAGUUUCACAAAGACCAUAUGCCUUUGUGACAACCAAAUAACAGAGACUGGCCUCCUGGUGGAGGAAGCACGUUUUGUUACCCUACAUUCUGGUACAAUGCGACAUGCAAAACAGCCUAACAAUUUUGUGACAAAAGAUGUUGGAUCACAAAGCAGGAUGCAAGAAACAUGUUUGACUUCUAAGAGACAAGAACAUAUGGAGCAGUUUGAUCCUGAACUAGAAGUGAAUAAUGGCAGGAUUUUCUAUAGGUUUCAGUGCAGUACAGGAGGCCUUUUCAUGUGCAGGGCAACUGGACUCGUGUUCGGAAUAAAAGGAGCCGGAUGUGUAGAGUACAGUUUGGUUCACUGGGAUAUGCAUCUCCUCUGCGAAACACAUUAUGAGCCUGCUGGUCCUCUGUAUGAUAUCAAAAUGCCUACAGGAGAAAUGUAUGAACUUCACCUUCCACACUGUGAAACACAAGUUGAUGCAAUUGGAAAUCUUUCUGUUGUCCAUACACACGAAAACAUACUGGAAUUCAUUGCUCCAGUUAAAAUGACUAAAACCCAUAUAGCUGUAAAUGUCUGUCGGUUAUCUAACUAUGGUAUCGUGGAUGAGAACAAUCAGGACUGCAAAAAGAUCAAAGGGCAAGUGCUGCUGUUUCUGGAACCUAACAUCUCUGAUAAACAGCAAAGAAUAUGGGUUUUUCUAUUGCCUAACAGUGUCCCACUCUUGGAGAUAAAGGAACAGCAACGAGAAUAUCAGUUCAUCCAAACCAGCUCUAACUGCACACUAUGGAUAAAUUCCAAGUACACUCUGUUCGCAAAAAAGGCAGAAAGAAUCCAACCAAAGGCAAGCUUAUUUGAAUCUCUUCAUGCUGAUAAUUACCAUCCUACAUAUGAGGUCUUUUUAGAUAAAUCUGUGAUUCAACUGAAAAUUAAAAUUCUACGUAAAAUAACGGGGAAAGGAAAGAUGACCCCCAAAACAGCAUGGAGUCGGAUGAUAAUUGUUAAAGCAAAACAAGUGUGUCCCCAAGGAAACAUAGAGCGUAACAAAAAGUGGAAAUCUGAUCUUGGUAAAAUCAUUGAAGAGCUCACCAGUGACCAGCUCAAGAAACUAAAGCAUUUAAUGCGAAACUGUGAAAACAGAGUUUCCAUUCCUGCGUCUAAACUUGAAGAAACAAAUGAAGACAAGUAUGAGUUGGUCAAUUUGAUUGUUGAAACAUGGGGAUUUGAAGAAUCGGUUAAAGCCAUUAAGAGUUUAUGAAAAAGCUCCCUCGCAACGAUGAACGUGUGAAAAAACUAUUGGAACCAUACCUGACUGUUUGAACUUCAUGGUUAGAAGAAUAUCAGACCCUGCAAUGUUUACAUGAACAUUCAACAGUUACCAUAGAAUGGUGUUAUUUUAUGCCUGUUUGUAUGCAGCUUGUAAAUAUAACUGUAUAUACAGUUGUGUAAUAUAUUUUGACUGCAUGGUUGUUCAGGUUCAUGCAUGUAAUGCUAAUCAUGUUUGGA